GCCAGCCCCGCUUGAAUGCCUGUGCUGGGGGCGGGGAGGGGCCAGGCCGGCGGCGGCUGGGCUCACCCCGUCCCCCUUCUUGCAGCGAUUCGGGUGAGCUGCACAGGCUCCUGCAGGGUCUCCACCAAGGCCAACGACACAGCGUGGGUGACGGAGGAGGACUACGUCAACAGUGCUCUGUCGCUGGCUGACAAAGGGAGCCUGCCUACUGGAGAGCACAGCUUCCCCUUCCAGUUCCUGCUUCCUGCCACGGCACCCACGUCUUUCGAGGGCCCCUUUGGGAAGAUCGUGUACCAGGUGCGGGCCACCAUCGACACGCCGCGUUUUUCCAAGGAUCACCAGUGCAGCUGUGUGUUCUACAUCCUGAGCCCCCUGAACCUGAACAGCAUCCCGGACAUCGAGCAACCCAAUGUGGCCUCCACCACCAAGAAGUUCUCCUACAAGCUGGUGAAGACGGGCAGCGUGGUGCUCACCGCCAGCACGGACCUCCGCGGCUAUGUGGUGGGGCAGGUGCUGCGGCUGCAGGCCGACAUCGAUAACCAGUCCGGCAAGGACACCGGCCCGGUGGUGGCCAGUCUGCUGCAGAAAGUGUCCUAUAAGGCCAAGCGCUGGAUCUAUGACGUGCGGGCCAUCGCAGAUGUGGAGGGUGCCGGAGUCAAGGCCUGGAGGCGGACGCAGUGGCAGGAGCAGAUCCUGGUGCCCGCCCUGCCCCAGUCGGCCCUGCCGGGCUGCAGCCUCAUCCACGGCGUGAGUGGCAGCUACCUCCUCCAGCCCCGGUCCUUCUCCUUCACUCUUGAGGACCUGAGGCUGCAGGAAGCUGCCUGGGCCUCGCUCUCCAGGGACCCGCUCUGGCGGUGGACAGCUGUGUCCUUCCGGAAGCUGCGGACAUGGCCCAUGUGUCCAUCUGUCCGCAGCUGGGCCUUGGGUUGCUGCACUGCUUGUCUCCUGUGA